GCAAAAAUUAAACCAAAACACAUCGUCUUCUUCAAUACUUCAACCCUCUCUCUCUCUCUCUCACACACACACACACGAAGCUAGCUAUGAGUUACUUCGAUGAUGAUCAUGAGCAUGGCCCAUUAGGCAAUUUCCAUGACCACAGCGAGUUCAACAAGAGGAUAUUACUAGUGGCUAUAGUUUCCUUAACAGUGGUUUUAGUUUUGGUGUUCGCACUUCACCUCUAUGCAAGGUUGGUUCUCAAACGUCAAGCUCGGCGCCGAGCCGCCAUUUACCAACUAAGCCUCACUGUGGCUCAAGCUCAAUCUCCCGAACCACCCAACACAGGACUCGACCCUACCCUCAUCAACGCUCUUCCUGUUUCCCCCUUCAAACAACAACAACAACAUGUUUUGGAGUGUGCCGUGUGUUUGAGUGUUCUAGAAGAUGGAGAAAUGCUAAGGUUGCUUCCCAAUUGUAAACAUAGUUUCCAUGUGGCUUGCAUCGACACGUGGCUCGCUUCGCACUCUACGUGUCCCAUUUGUCGAACCAAAGCCGAACCCCUCCGACUUGAGCCGCAGCCACGUGAGGGUCCGGCUCAUGGUGUACCACCCUCGGCUCCACUCUUGUUUGAACCCAUCGAAGGCACUUCCGAUGGUACUCUUAAUGGGUCGCCUAAAAUCAAUGCUUCUAAUUCGCGGUUGAGCUCGUUCAGAAGGAUUCUUAGUAGAGAGAGAUCGUCGAGGAGAAUCCAACCUUCCACCCAUGAUGAUGAUAUUGAUCAAGAUUUAGAGAGGCAGUGAGAAAAUUAUGAGGUAUUAAAUUCUGGUUUUAUUAUUGUUGAUUUUCUCAUUAUACAGAUUGAUACACACAGAAAGAGCUUGCACAAAUGAAUUGAAAAGAAUUUGAAAAUGUUUGUACAUGUUAGUCAAAUAUAAGUAUUUUUGUAUUGAAUUUGAUUGCUUGUAUUAUUAUAUUAUUAUACUUUCCAAAAUGGAUUUCGUGUUUGGUCACCUGAAUUAACAUAAUAAUGAUCGCAAUGAUGAUAUAAUAUCGGAAGAUUAGGUGAGAGCUCCAUGUGGGCCUAGUAAAAAUUAACAUUAUUUUUCAUUUUUAAAAAUUUAUGGUUUUUUGUUUUUAUUGGGGCCUUACUAUGACUAUGAGGGAGCUUAGGGAGAAGUCAAAAUCAAGACCCUGAUAUUUGGGAUUCAUGUUGCUUGCUCCUAUAAAUACAAUGUAUUACCUACAAGAAGCCGAAUCUCCUAUUGAUGAUUAGUUUCACUAAUUGUUGUCACGCGCAAUUAGAAUACUACAUGCUCAAAUUUUCAACAUUUUAGCAUUUAGUCAUCAGCUAGAGAGAGAGAGAACAUCAGUAUUGUAUUGAAUGAAAUUUUCAAUUCAAGCAUCGAGCGAAAGAUGGAUUUGAAUUUCUUUCUGUCUUCAACUGCAUUAUAUAUAUUAUAAAAUAUAAUUACCGACUCUGCAAAAACGUGUAUCUUCUAUUCUAACCACUUAAAGCUACAACUAGUUAGGCAAUUUAAAAGUACUACCUACGUACUAAUAUAGCAAACAAUAAUUGAGUUCAAUUGCAUAAAUUGCAUAAAUUUUUGUUUAAGAGGGCUCACGUAACUUGUUCCUGUUUAGCUGAAUUCGGAUACAAACAUAUGCAUCGUUUGCGUAUAAUUGGGAUUGUUAGAAGGAUGGUUCCCUCUGUAAUACUUGAUUUUUUUGUUAAGGUCGAUCCGUCCCCAAUACCUAGUUUAAUGUAAAACGUACUGAUUUUUUAUGUCAGUCUCUGCAGUGAAGAGUUCGGAUUAAUACAUUGCUGUAUUAAUUAUAAGUCC